CUCUCCUCGCUCUCUCCCAUCUCAAGCUCCCCAUUUCUCCGAUUCCUCUACUCACCUCUCCCCCUCUCCCUCCUCUCCUCCCUCCUCCUCCCUACCCCAUACCUCUGUCUCUUCCACUCCUAAUUCCUCUCUCUCCUCCCUCCACUCACUUGCUUCGAGUUCCUCCUCCCUCUUCUCCCACCCCUCCUUCACCUCCCACUCCCUCACUCCCUCUCUCACUCCCUCCACCACCACCACCACACUCACCUCCCCUCACUCACUCUUCUCCAAUCCCUCUCACCAACCCUGCAAAUCCCCCCCUUGUAGCACUCUCCCUAGUGUCACCUCCCUCGCUUUAGAGCACCUGCAAGGGGUUCCUGACGCACUCCCUUAUAAGGAGCCUCACGAAAUGCAACAAACAGGGAACACUGCACGUUCAGAAUGUAACACGCCUUACUCGUGUGAAGAAGACGAGGAGAGGGAGGAGGAGGAGAGGUCUGGGAGGAGAAAUACAAGUGAAGCACACACAACUGUCACCCCUACAGCCUAUACCACCGCCCCUACCACUUCCACCAUCGGCCCUACCACCACUACCCACGCUGUACCCACCACCACCGCUCUCCACCACUCCUCCCCUUCCCCCUGCUUCCGCUGCCCGGGAGGCAGCUGCUCGCCCUCCCGAAAGUUCUUCUGCCCGCAUUUCUGCGUGCUGACUCAGACUGACGUGGCAAGGUGGCUGCUUGACAGGGCGCCUCAGCAGGAGCCUGUACCCUCUAGAAGCCUCCUCGAUUUAGGGCUCAUUCACCCCCGGAUUGUCACUGUCAAGUGCUCUGACAAUGCGUAUGAGGCGCUGCAGCUGCUGCAGUCGUCCGCUGGUGACGUCAGCGCAGUAGCCGUUGUAGACCCCUCCCUUGGACCUGCCAGCUCUGCUGCCGCCCAGAAGUCAAACACCAGCCAAUACGACUCUUACCCCAACGGCAAGCUCGUGGGCCAGCUGUCGAGUGUGGAUCUGCGUGGCUGCACUGCGCAGUUUGCCGCCCAGUAUCUGCGUGCGAUGACGGUGCACCAGCUGCUGCUGGCAGUGCCGGCUACCGAGAGGUACUGGAGGAGCAGAGAGAAAGGAGAGAAGAUGAGACUGCUGCAGCCGCUAGAGCAGCAGCAGGUGAAGGAGGACAAGGCAGACACUGGCGGUGCUUUUGCUAAUCCUGCUGCAGCUUUGUCUGCUGUUUCUCCUUAUAACGUUGGCCAGCUAAGGCCGGUGAGCAAGUGCAAGCCAGGCAGCAACCUCUGUGCGGCCAUGGCGCAAGCAUUGGCUCACCGGAACCACCGCGUGUGGGUGGUGGAUCAAGAUGGGUGUCCCACGGGUGUCGUAACGUUUAGCGACAUGAUUUCGGCGUUCCUUUCGAAUCCCAGUGUGGACGCCUUUGGUGCAUGAACAUAGAGAUGUUGAGCAAUGAGAUCAUAAUCAGCGACGAGACUGGGCACAAAGAUAGGGCUUUGACCUCUUAAAACUUGUAACUCGACUUUUCAUUACUUUCCUCAUUUAGCUA